UGAAGGCGCAUCUUGUCAAGCGAUGGAUGGGGAGGGCAUCCUUCUGGGUUGCUAUCCAGAGAACAGGGCGGGGUGUGCUUCCCUCCUGCCCUCCUUCGGGACUCCAACUGAGUCUCCUCCUCCUCCUCCUCCUCCCUUCCACAUCCUUCUCCAGCCCGGCUUUCUGCUGACGUGUCUGCUCCCCCCCCCCCCCCGCUUCCCCGGUUUGGUUUCGCCUCCCUCCUCCUCGCCACUCAACAUGGCUCUCCCCUUGGCGCUCCUCGCCUGGCUCCUGCUCGCCCAGCCGCCCGCCGCCCAGGCCCGGGAGACGACGGACAGACGCUUUGCCGAGUACAAGCGAUGCGCCGACCCCGAGUGCAGCAUGCUAAUGUGUCGAGGGAAGGCAGUAAAAGACUUUACAGCUCCAGAUUGCCGGUUUUUAGAUUUUAAAGAAGGUGAAUCGAUAUAUGUGUAUUAUAAAUUAACCGGAAGAACAAAUGAGCUGUGGGCUGGAAGUGUUGGAAAUGAAUUUGGAUAUUUUCCAAAGGACUUACUUGAAAUAAAGCAUAUUUAUACCCAUGAUGAGCUAGAAUUGCCAACAGAUGAAACAGAUUUCAUUUGCUUUGAUGGAGGCAAAGAUGAUUUUGAUAAUUAUAAUGUGGAUGAGCUUUUAAAGCUAUCAGAAAAUAUACUAGCUAUUAAUGAUGAUGAAAAUGAGCUGGGAACUGAAAAGGAAGAAGAACCUGAAGGGAUUGAUCUGGAGAGUGAUGGUUUUGAAGUAAGCUCCGAAGAGGAGAGUGAGGACCAUGCCAAAAUGGGUGAAAAAGACAAUGUUCUACUUGAUAAUAAAAAGAAUGUAGAGGAAACUCUUGAUUCCAAGAGUGAAGACCUCAUUGUAAAUAGUGAUACAGAUAAUUCUCAGGGAGACCAAAGUGCACAUCAGCCUUUUGAAGAAAUUCUGCAAGAAACAUUAAAAGUGCCAAAACAUGAAAGUGCCAAAAACUCUAACAUAUCUCAGGGAAAACCUAACCAAUCAGUUUAUGGAAGCAAAGAUGAUGGAGCUUACACACUUUUACGUCAAGAUGUAUCAGCGGACCUGAAAACAACAUUUGGCUCAACUGCAGAUGCCAUUGUAUCUGAUGAUGAGGCAACUGCUCUUGUUACCUCACUUGACGCUGAUUUGGGGGAAGAUAUGGACACUGAUUCUUAUGAAACAGAGAAGCUAGAAAAACCAAAGCAGCAGCCAGAAGUCAUUCCUUUACUGCCUUUUACAGAAGGAGAAAUCAAAUCUUUGGAAGAUACAGAGUCUAAAAAGAUGUCAUCUGACUCAGAAACAUCUGAGCUUGAUAAGACUGGUAAAACUGCCACAAAAUUAAUUCAUGAAAAAAAGGACAACUCUGGUUUAUUGACACAUUUAGGGGACAAAUUUUUUGCAAUUGUCAGUGGAGGUGAAAGAACAGUAGAUGAAACUGAAAACAAUAAGGUUGAUUUCAAGGAACAAAAUGGGGAGGAAGAGGAGGAGGAGGAGGAGGAAGAGGAAGAGGAGGAAGAAGAUGAGUUAGCUAAUUCAGAAUUCUCAUCAGAAGAUGGUCCCCUAAUGUCAGAACAGGAUCUUAUUACAAAGCAGAAACAUAAUGCAUAUACUGAAAACUCUAAGGAAAAAAAGGAUACAACUCAGGAUUAUGAGGAAGAUCACGCACAAACUGAGGAAAAACCUAUUAUGGGGGAAGAAGUGCACAGCACUUCUACACAUAACUUUGAUGCGUUUUCCAGUUAUGGAGAUGACCAACAAUCUAAAGCAUCAGUGGAAACAAAUGCAUUAAAGCCACUCCUAGAUGACAUCAAAGAUGAACCAGAAGGCGUUUCGCUUCAUAAGGUAAGGAAAGAUGAGAAAACAGAAGAAGAGAGAAAUGUGGAUGAUAGCUUGGAAAAUGAUACAAAACACAAAAACCUAUGGGAAAAAACCGUAAAAAAGGAUGAAGAGGAUAAACAGCCAUUGAACAUUAUACCAGAUUUAUUGGAAGAAUCAAGAAAUGGCUCUGAAAGCGAUCUAGAUAAUGAUGAGAUCUUGGAAGGUGAAAUAAAUUCUGAUAGCAAGCAAGAUGAAGAUUUUGAACUAAAACAAAUAUUUGGCAGUAAGAAACAAACCAAUAAUUCAACUGUGGAAAACACGUCCAUAGAGAAAGAUCCUGAAGUGCCUACCAGACAGUCUCAGCAAGAAACUGUAACACAAGAUUCAGAAGACAGCGAAGAGGAAGAAGAGGAGGAUGACCCUACAGGUAGCAAGAAGUCAACAAAGAAAGAGUAUGUUUUGAAAGAAUCCAAGACAGCAACACAACAUACUAAUGUUACUCCACAAAAUAUUGUUAAAAAUGAAGCUGAACACUUGGACAAAGUUCCUGGAAUGGAUAUGGGAAUAGACAAAUCUCCCACAGAAGAACUCCUGUCUCUGGAGCUAGAAGAAGAAGAAGAAGAAGAUUUCAUAGAAGAACCAGAAGAGGAGUUACUACAAGAUGAAAAUGCAGUUAGUGCAAAGUUGUCAAAAGAGAGACAUACUGAUGAACAAGGUUUCACUUUAGAUGCUGAAAGCUCAGACCCCCUGCCACAAAUGCCAGAUGAUGCUAUUUCAAGAGCUGCUAAUCCUGUUGAUGAAAUGGGAGAAGAAGCAAGUACAACAUUUGAGCAGGCCAAGAAAGAAGUUGGCACAGGGGAUUUUAAUGAGGAAUAUGAAGAGGAAAAACAACAGGAAGCUGACAAAACAGCAUUCUCUGAAGUAGAAAAUUCUCUGGUUGAGAAGAGUAAUGAAAUAAAGAAUAACCAUGAUGAAAUAAUGCCAAUCAGUUUACACAUAUCUAAAUUGGAAGACAAAGAUGACUUUAAUCAAACCAAGAAGCAUCUUCCAAAAGAUUUUUCACAGAACAGCCUUGAAGAGCUACAGAUUUCAACGGAAGAGACAGAAGGUGAACAUUCACAUGGUCCUAAAAGUGACAUGGAAAACACAAAUGAAGCCAUAGAGUCAAAAUACAGUGAGUCCAUUAGGCAGCUCAUUAUAAUGAAAGAAUUCCUUGAUGAAAAACGUAUUGCACGUAUACAAAAGUUUGUUGGGGAAAAACAUGUCUUCAGGAUAGAAUCUUUAUUUCAUGACAUGCAGUUGGAGCUGCAACUUACUCAGAAACAUGGUGACAACUAUGAGAACACUGACAAAGCUUUAGACCAGAUCCUCGAAUCUUCUGAGUCUGACAUUUUGGAUGUUUUGAAUAAGGCUUUAGAUGAAAGGGAGGCAGAAAAUAAAGAAGAAGUGAUCAAAGAAAUUGACUUGUUUGAUGAGGAAGCUGCCUUAAUGGAUGAUAUUCAAGAGCUGAUGUACUCUUUAAGGCAAAAAUACUCUCCAGUUAGUGAGAGCACUCCACUUGCCUCCUUUCCAGAAUCUAAGACAGAUCCCAGUGAAUCCACUACAGCUAAUGGAAGACAAAUUGACCAUGACAGGCAACAUGUACAAAGCCCUGAUGAGGGAAUAGAUGAAAAACCUCCACUUGAUGCAGAUCAUAUGUCAAUAAAGGAAAUUCUGGAUCAACCAAAAGAGGAUGGGAACAUUUUGGAAGGAAAUGGAAUUUUGGAUGAUACAGGGAUUAAAGAUCUAUUUGACAAUGACAAAAAAGAGCCAAAUGUGGAUAUACCCCUUCAACCAGCUGGUUCAGGAACUGAGAAAGACUUCAUGGCAGAAGAUCAGCUUGAAGUGAAGGAAAACAUAAUGGAGGAGGUUAACAGUCCACCUGAAAGAGAUUCUGGUGCUCCAUAUAUUCAUGGCUCCUUAGUUGAUGCAGUGCAGUUAGCAAAGGAAAAUAUACAACCGCUCACAGAUAUUCUGAUGUCAACUUUACCUGAAGACAUGCAACCUGGUCCUGACUUUCAUGGACUUCCUUGGGAGCCCAUUAUUAUCACUGCCCUUGUGGGAAUGGCUACACUUGCUAUUUUCUUCUGGAGAACUUGCCUAUCCGUUAAAAGUCGAUUGUAUCAAGUGACAGAAAAACAACUUGUCGAAAAAAUUAAGACCCUUCUCAAGGAAAAGACAGAAAUCUUGGAGAAGAUGUCAGAAUAUGAACAAAAGAUAAAGGAGGCAAAGGAAUCUGUGAAAGAGGCUCAGAAGCAAAACACAAAUCUCUCAGAUGAAGCUGCAGGACUUAAGGAUACAGUUAAGGGGCUUCAAGAAACAAAUCAUCUUCUAGAUGAUAGAGUGAAAAACUUAAACACCACAAUAGAAAUGGAGAGAGAGCACAAUGCAAGAAAACAAGAACAAAUUAUAGAAGCACAGAAAUCUUUAGAGAAGCUCCAAGAAACCAUCACAUUGCAUUCUGUAGAACUCUCUGAGGUGCAGAUAGCUCUCAAUGAAGCUAAAUUAAGUGAAGAAAAGGUUAAGUCUGACCUGCGUCGUGUACAAGAAGAGAAUGUAAGGCUAAAGAAAAGUAAGGAGCAGUUGUUACAAGAAGCAGAAGGCUGGAGCGAGAGGCAUGCAGAGCUCGGUGAACAGAUAAAGUUGUAUCAGAAGUCUCAGAAAGACAUUGAAGAAGCACUUGCCUAUAAGGAAAAUGAAAUUGAAGUUUUAACUAACUGCAUUAUGCAACUGAAGCAGCUUGAUGCAGAUUCUGAGUCAGAAACCAAGAGGGAUGAAGGAAAUGAUCUAGCCAAUGGAGAGAUUUCAGAUACCAGGAAUGAAAAGAUGAAGAGCCAGAUUAAGCAGAUGAUGGAUGUUUCAAGGGUAAAAACAACAUUAUCUAUCAUUGAAGAAGAAAGAGAUAAUUUACGCUCCAAACUCAAUGAUGAAGUAUCAUCAAGGCAUGAAUUAGAAGAGCAAAUCAAGAAACUGGAGCAUGAAUCCUGUUCCUUACAGACUGUAAAAUCACAGCUAGAAAGUGAAUGUAAAACCCUGCAACAAAAAGUAGAGAUUCUCAAUGAACUUUAUCAGCAGAAAGAGAUGGCACUUCAAAAGAAGUUGACACAGGAAGAGUAUGAGCGUCAAGAAAAGGAGCAGAAGCUUUCAGCUGCAGAUGAAAAAGCAAUCCUGGCUGUUGAAGAAGUGAAAGUUUACAAACAGAGAAUUCAGGAAAUGGAAGAAGAAUUGCAAAAAACGGAGCGGUCUUAUAAAAAUCAGAUCGGUACCCAUGAAAAGAAAGCUCAUGACAAUUGGCUCAUAGCACGUUCGGCAGAGAGGGCACUAGUUGAAGAAAAAAGGGAAGCUGCCAACCUGAGGCAAAAGCUGAUUGAAGUGAAUCAAAAGAUAGCUGCUCUUCAGAGACCAGUAAUUGUGAAGCCAACGGCUGGCUGGCCAGAUCAUCAGGGGCCCCCUCGCAGAGGUCCAUUAAGUCGAGAUGGAUCUUUUGGACCUUCCCCUGUGAGUGGUGGAGCGCCUUCACCCCCGCUGAUGAUGGAGCCCCCUGGGCGACCCCUAUCUGCCAAUCCAAGGGAUGGAUCGAGAGGUGAACUUGGUGCCGCUAUAGUUGAUGGCCCUCCAGUCCCAAGAAGGCAUCCUGAGCUGUCUGGGAGAAUGUCUGCUCCAGAUCUGGGCCCUGCUGUAGCAGCCCUAGUUAACUGUGGGCCAAGAACAUCCUCUCCUUCUACUGGCCUGGAUGGAAUGCAAAACCCUCCCAAAGAGUUUGAAGCUCCUUGUGUUUCUGAUGCCCAACCUUCAUCUGCUGAAGCAACUGCAGUUAACAUUGGCCCUAAAGGCCCGUCAUCCUUCCCAGGGGGUCCUCUAAUGGCAUCCCCAGGACCUUUGCCACCUCCAGUUCGAUUUGGGCCACCACCUCGGGCACCCUAUGGAUCUCGGCCUCCUCCUCUAGUGCGUGUUGGUCCUCCACCACCUCUUCCAAGAGACUAUCCACCCGGCCCUCCCUUUGGAAUGAGAGACUUCCCACCGGGCCCCAUCCCACCUCCUGAACAGAGGGGAUACCUCCGUGGCCCACCUCCUUUCCGGCCUCCGCCCCAAAGAGAUUUCCCUCCAGGUCCACGGCUACCUCCACAAGGAUUAAGGGACUACCCUCCUUCCUCUACCAGAGACUUGCUGCCUUCAGGCCCCAGCGACUACCCAGGGGGCCCUCCUUGUCCCCCGUCUCCAGCCAGCUCUCGGGACUCAGCACAUCCUUCUGAACAGAAACCAUGACUUUGGAUUUCUGAACUGAUCUCUACCACGUUUCAUGUGGUGAGAAUUUCAAUGGCUUUAGUAGGACCAAUUGGUUUCUCCAUAGACUUGGUUUCAGUGUAGCUAUUUUUUUUUUUGCAGAAAUAAUUUCUCUAGCAAUGCGCAUUUUGAUCACUUUUAAAAUCAGGACUUGUUCAUCCUCUUGGGAUGCAAGUAUAAUUCUUCUGUGAUGACUCUGAAGCCUGCUUCAACAGCUGUGGCCGACCCACAGCUCUCAACGUGCAAUAUACGAAAGUACCUGUGUGGUUAGUUUUUAAUUAAUGUAGCCUUAUGUAACCAGUUGGUGAAUGACUUCAAAAUUAUAAUCUGAACAUUUCCUGUGGAAAUACCUUUGGUAAGAAAUACUACCCUUUGCAUAUAGCGUACAGUGACUGUAGACAAGUGGUUUACAUAAGGGUUCUAAUGCAAAUCUUUAAAAAUCAUCUGGUGGGAAAGACCAGAGGCAGACUACACUGUACUCGGACACAUCUACUAAUAAAGAGAGUAAAAUCCUUUUUUGCUACUUUUGAAGAACAAA